AUGAAGGCGAAGCGCGUUGAUAACGGCGAGAUGCGGCUAGCAGGGUUUGAGAGGAGAAAGAUAUCGCUGGGCGAAAGACUGCUUCUGGACGGGGCGGUUGCAAAAAAUAGCAGCCGGCGGCGGGAGAGAAACGGGGUGGGUUGGGGAGAAAAACAAGGGCCAACAAGCGAAGCCGAGAUUGGAGGCGAGCUCUUUUUUUCCUUCGAAGAUGGGUGGAAGAAGAGCGCUGGGGAAGUGGGAACGAAUCCUAUUUCUUCUGCACCUGAUGUGGCGGAGAAGUGUAAGAGGGUGAGGGUGUCAGUGACAAGAGAGAGUGAGAGCUUCUGGGAAAACCGUCCGAGGCUGAAGAAAGAUUUUCGCGCCAAAUUCCACGAGAAACAGGAGAACCACGAGCAGACAGAAUGCGAAGAAAGCAAGCAAGAUAGAGAUAGAUGA